UGAACGGAGCGAUUUGUGUCUAUUCGAGUGGCUUUGUGUUAUCCUAACGCGCCAUCAGUUUUAAUCAGACCAAUUUUGUCGGUGGUGGUACUAGUAUAUAUUAGGCAUAAUGUACAAAACGGACUAAAAUGAGUAAUUAACUAAUAUUCUGUUUAAGUGAUUGGAAUGAUAUUAAUAAUAGAAAUGAUUAAUUGAGAUAAGUAUAAUCAACUAUCACGACUUUGAUAAUAGAACAAAGUAUUGGACAUGGCAUUAUGGCUUGAUAGUUAAGCAUUGUUAUUCUGAAAAGAAACAACAUAUUUUAACAAUGUCGGUCAGACGACGUCAAAAUUUACGCAGAGAACGUUUAAAAAACUUACGCCAUGGAAGCACAAUAGAGGAAUUAUCCUUAGAAGUAGAGGAUAUUGAUGUCCAGGAGAGACGACCAUUAGUAAGGCGAGCAUCGUCCAGUCUGUCAAGUUUGACAUCUGAGCAUUCCGAGGAAUCUGCAGCCUCACCAAUACCAAGAAGAGGAAGACGCCUAGCCAUAGUUGAUACAAAGAACGUAGGUGACGUAUCGCCGACUCCAAUGUCAUCUGAUGCCACGCCGAAUACGUCCUGUGAUGAAGACGAAAACAGGCGCAAUCGUAGAAAAAGUUCUGAUGAUUUGGAGAACCAUAACUAUCAACGGGAACAGAUGCUUAGAGAUAAAAGAAAAAAGUUGUUGAAAAGGAAUACAAUUUCAGAUUUCUAUAGGUCGAGGGAACAAAAUCAACCGGGACAUUUUGAUGAUACCAAAAAGAACAGGCAGUCAUUUUCAUUCAGGAAAUUUAUGAAAACACGUAGUAAAGAAUCGUUAACCAAGUUGGGAGAUGUUCUUUCAAAAUUGAAGCCUUCCCAUUUUCAGGACGCCGAACUGGCUGCUUAUAAGAGUGUCCACUGGACAGAUCUAAUUGCCCAGACAGAAAACAAUACUAAACCAAUACAGAUAUCAGAAACAGAACGGAAAAGACGAGAGGCAAUAUGGGAAUUGUUCACUUGUGAAUGUAACUUCCUAGUUGACCAUUUGAUGGUACUUAAACAUUGUUUCAUGGAACCACUGAAAAAUGUGCAAGUGGAAGGUCAUUUGAUGUACGCAGAACCGGACGAAAUAUUUGGAAACUUAGAUGAAUUGUGUUAUAUCAGUUAUACUUUCUGUAAAGAUUUGAUUGCUGUUCUGUUACGUAACUUAACAACCGAUACUAUUUGGAAUACAUCAAGUCUAGUAGAAGCUUUGGAAAGGUUUGCACAGAUAUCUAAUGAAGGAGGAGUGUUUCACACAAACUGUGUUAACUAUUCAAAAACAGCAAAUGCCCUUGAAAAGCUGAGAAAGAACGAUGAUUUCUGUGAAUUUGAAAAGUGGUGUGAGCAGGACCCUAGAUGCAACCGUUUAAAAUUAAACGAUUUAUUAGUAGCACCACUUCAACACACGACAAAACUACCGCUAUUGCUAGCACCAAUAAGGAAAUACACAACAGAAGAAAGUGAUCGAAAUUUGCUUACAGAAGCAAUAGGCAAGCUGGAAGAGUCUUUGCAUCAACUGGAUGAAAAGGUCAGGUUAGAGAGAAAUAAUCAAAGAAUACAAGAGAUACAAGAGCAUCUCAUUUGGCCCUCGAUAACGGAUAUUGACCAGAAGGCAUACAUUCCAGAGUUUUUGAAACAAUGUUUAACAGGUCAACCGUCAGCCAACUUAUUAUAUGCACCAAAUCGCCAACUUGUACAUGAAGGACCACUUCUUUUAAUACAAUCAACGAAAACAGUUGAAGUACAAUUAUUUUUAUUUGAUGACAACCUGAUUAUUACCAAAAUGAAAAGUCGACCAACUAGAAAGAAAUUGUCGAAUGCAGAUGACUAUCAAACAGAUCAUGCGUUUUAUGAAGUUUAUCAACAACCUAUAGCAUUGGAUAGAUUUAGCAUGCAUGAUGUCGGUUCGACAGAAGCAGCAGUAAAUGGACUCAAAUGCAUUUUUGUACUGGUGCACAUAAGUCGGUUUCAACAAAUAAUUGGUGUUUAUACUCUUCAAGCGAGCUGUGAUAAUAAUAAGGAACAGUGGAUUGCAAAAAUUAUGGACGCAAAAGACAAGUUUAACUGUAAACAUUGUAUGAUUUUUCAUAAAUAUUCUGGUAAGGAGAAAAGUCCCAAAAUUCCGAGUAUGGAAACACAACUAAGUGAUGAUACAGAGGUUUCUCCUCGAACUCAACGACGGGAAAGAAUGGUGAAAACACAUCACAAGAAAUCCCUUUCUAUGGAUACGGUGUACAUAUAACUUUGUUGUGAUAUUUGUUAUGGCAAUCAAAUUGUUGAAUAUUUACAUGUUUUGUUUGUAUUCGUUUUUAAA